AUGCACAGGGAUCCAGUGCAUGUCAUGAAUUUCUUUCUUACUGAGAUGGGAACAAGUGGAUCGUUGGAUGGACAACACAGGCUGACUGUUAAUGCAAGAUUUUCUCCCAAUAAUUUUGAAGGGAUUCUGCCAAGAUAUAUCAAUGAGCAUGUUAUAUGCAACGGUUGCAGGAGUCCCGAGACUAUCUUAUCCAAAGAGACGUCUUGUUGCCAGCAGUGUGGUUCUGAGCGUUGUGUUGCUCCUCCUAUCAAAGCUGAUUUUGUGGCUCGAACAGGUCGUCGAAAUGCCGGAACAUAA